UUGCCGAAGCCUUUUCCGGGCGAGACACCGGUGCGAGAACACGUUUUAUUAUAUUCUGCAAGAUUUCCUUUAAACAAAAUGGGUUUCGGAGAUCUUAAAAAGAAGGAGGGUUUAUCAGUGCUCAAUGCUUUUCUAGCAGACAAAAGCUACAUUGAAGGGUUUCAGCCCUCCCAGGCAGAUGCUGUUGUGUUUGACGCCCUUUCAGGCCCUCCCUCAGCUGAUCUAGAAAACGCCCUCCGUUGGUACAACCACAUCAAGUCAUACGGGGCGGCAAGAUCAUCCUUCACUGGACGUAAGAAGGACCUGUCCGCCUAUGGACCAGCAGGAAGUGGAGCCCCUGCUGCCGGUGGUGAUGAUGACGAUGAUGACGAUGACAUCGACCUUUUCGGAUCCGACGAUGAAGACGCCAAGGCAGAGAGAGAAAGACGACUCGCAGAAUACGCAGCCAAAAAGGCCAAGAAACCCGCCCUGAUUGCCAAGAGUAGUCUCCUCCUUGACGUGAAGCCCUGGGACGACGAGACGGACAUGGCAGAACUAGAGAAGUGUGUGCGGACAAUCGAGGCCGACGGACUUCUGUGGGGAGCUUCCAAACUAGUUCCAGUCGGAUACGGAAUCCGAAAACUUCAGAUCAACGCCGUUAUUGAGGAUGAUAAGAUCAGCACAGACUUUUUAGAAGAUGAAAUAACAAAAUUUGAAGACUAUGUACAGUCCAUGGACAUUGCUGCAUUUAACAAAAUUUAAAUAAAACUUGUUUAUAUUU